UUUAGCAAACAUCACAUGGUUUCGCAAUCAAAUUAUUAUCCAUAUAACCCCACCGAGCAAGCACAUGUCACUCUCUCGCUUGCUGGUUUACGAUACUUUCUAGUUUCUAGUGCCGAGUGUAGUGUGAUAGCUACUGCUAAAAUUAAUCAUCCACAUCUUUGCUUUUUGCCCUACCUUCUCCUCUGCAUCCUGACAUCCCAUUUACAGAGAGGAGCUCCAAUUCCACCACCUCUGGUUCAGUUUUGCUUAGCUCGGACUGCGAUAUCACAAGAGACUCGAACAGAUGCCGGGCUGGGGACCGCCGCCGGGAGGGCCUCCCGGGCCGCCGGGGCCGUGUGGUUGCUUGUGCUUCUGCUGCGAAGGGAUCUCCCGGGCGAUAUCUUCGUGCUUUUAUCUCCUUUGCUGCUGCUGUAUUUUCGAGAGCUGCUGCGGGCCGGUGUUCGGUGGCCGACCAGGGCCUCCAGGCCCUUUUGGUGGUCCGCCAGGUCCUCCAGGUGGUCCACAUGGUCCAUUUGGAGGCCCUCCCGGUGGACCUCCACGCUUCUGAUCAGCCUGCGGUGUAAAUCUUCGUACUUGACAGACCGAUGGACAGACAUGUAAUACUAGAUGUUUGAU